AUAUAUACAGUGUAAUUGUUUUUUUUUCUAGUAGAAAAAUGGAAUUCAAUUAUAGUAGUAGUAUUUAUUUUCCAUAGAAAGCAUACAAGAAAUAAAAUGGAACUGCUCUGCACAAGUAUUAUAAUACAUAUGCUGAUACAAUGGAUAACAGUUGUUCAACUACAAGUUAUAAACGUGACUAACAUGGUUGCUGUAGGUAACAUGUCAACAGUUUUAAAAAAUCGUGAACAACAAUCUAUAUCAUUUAAUCUAACUCCUUCUAUACUGUCAAAUACAGUAGCUGGUGUUGCUGGAGCAACUCCGUUUGUUAACAAAUCACUUCCAAAACGUACAUCAUUGUAUAGACACUCUGAAACAUCUUUAUCAAUUUCCAUUUUAAAUCCGUCAUUAUUGCACAUGAAGGUAGUAAAGACCGUUACAGUUAUGAAUUUUAAUAAAAACCUGUCGAAAACAGCGUUAAAGACGUAUGAUAUUUCAGUUACAAGUGCAGGUUCAACUUUGAUGAAAAAGACAGAAAUGCCAGCAUGGUUAUCUACCACAACCUCGAAUACCUCAAAAAACCCAACGACGACAGCAACAACAACAACUAAAUCAACAGCAAGGAAAAUAGCAACGACAAAGCAAUUGACUACAAAGAAAAUUAUAAAAGCACCACUAAAAGCAAAAUUAUCUCUUAAAGCAUUUUUUAAACAUAAAUCAGAUGGUUGGACUGAUAGGCACAACACUCUUUCAGCAUUAACAGUUGCCAAGGACUUAAUUAACAAUCAUUCCAAUAUCUUAGCAGGUUAUGAACUGGAUAUAAUGCCAGUACAAGAAAAUGAUGAAUUUGGGUACAUAGUGAAACAAAUGAUGACAGAAUUGAUGGUGCAGGAAAAAAAAUCAGUAGCAGUAUUGGGACCAACGUCAUCGGAGCAAAUGAAAGCAUUUAGAGAUGUAGUGGAUCAAUAUGAUUUGUCAGUAUUACAGAUGAACUUUGCUGCAACGGAUCCUUUGUUUUCAUCAAAAAAGCUUCACCCAGGCGUGUUUAGUUUGGUCCCAUCUUUCGAGUCAUUAAAUACUGCAAUUGUUCACUUUUUGAAGAAGUUUAAUAUAAAGAGAGUUGGAAUAUUGUUUACUACAGAAUUUGAAUAUUCCUCUAGUGAUAGUGAAGUAAAGGUUGUCAAGCAUCUUAACCAAGUGUUCAAGGAAAACAAUAUUGAGAUUGUCAGAGAAAUUUCAUACCAGUCAAAAUACAUUUCCAGGAAUGAGUUCUUUUUAUCAAACAAAAGCAAAAUGGUUCUUUCCCAAAAGUUGCAGGAGUUCAAGAAUGAAGAUAUCAGAAUUAUUGUUGGUGUCUUCAGGGAACACAAUUUAAAAGAUGUGAUGUGUGAGGCUUAUAAACACAAUAUGACUGGGUCAAAAUACCUAUGGAUAAUCUCAAAUUACAAUCUCGAUAUAAAGUUCCAUGAGCGUAAAGACACGGAAUGCACGGCAGCCGAAUUAAGUGAAGCAAGUAAAAAUAUUCUAUUUCCUAGGAGAGUGGCGAAAAGACUUGACUAUAACACAACGAUAGCUGAAAUAACGGGUGAUGAAGUUUGGGAGUUAAUAAAAGAGAAAAGAAGAACGAUAGAAAAAAAAACUGUAUUAGAAUACAAUGAUAGAUCGCUAUAUGCGUACGAUACCGUAUGGGCUGUUGCACUUGCGUUGGACAGAGUGAUAAAGAAGUACAACUACACUGAGAAAUCGUUUAGUUAUGAUCGUAUGGACAUUUCAAAAAAUCUGAUUAAGGAAAUGGAAAAGGUUUCUUAUCAAGGCGCAUCGGGCUUUAUACGUUUUGGGCAAAAUCAGCGUGGUCGAACAGUAGAUUAUACAAAGUUUGAAAUAUAUGGCAUAAAUGGUACGUUCACGCAUGUUGGCACUUAUGAUGUGGCUAGAGAUGACAUUGAUUAUAAUCUAUCUUAUCAAAAACAACUCUUUUCUAAAGAUUAUCGUAUACCAGUAGAUGGCAUCAGGACAACUCAAUCACCAGAAAAGUUUACAACAACAACUGUUGUCUUACUUUGGACAUUUGCAGUAUUGGCAACAUGUUUGUCCUUAUUCUUCCUUGCUUUCAAUGUUUCCUACAGAAAAGAACUCUUAAUCAAGAUGUCUUCGCCGAACAUAAACAAUCUGAUUGUUGCAGGUUGCAUUUUGUGUUACUUGGCAGUUGUUUUGUAUGGUCUGGACGCCGAAAUGAUUAAUAUGAAUAGAAUUCCGAUGGUUUGCGAUGCUGUUGUGUUUUGUCUUACUUUUGGCUUUACACUCGCUUUUGGAGCCUUAUUUAGCAAAACAUGGAGGAUAUAUCGCAUAUUUACAAGCGCAAGAACAUUACAAGUUAUUGUAAUAAAAGAUUUUCAUUUAUUCGGCGUCAUCUUUUUCAUGUUAUGUUUGGAUAGUGUCAUAUUGACUAUUUGGAUGCUUACGUCACCGUAUGAGCUAAAAAUAGAAACUGUUAACUUUCAGGUUCACGCUGAUGUAGAUCAAAUCGACGAAACAGUAAUCUAUCGUUGUAGUUGUGAAUUACAGCUCCAGUUUGGAGUUGCACUUUUCCUUUAUAAAGGAAUUUUAUUAAUCUUUGGAUUAUUUCUCGCAUGGGAGACAAGAAACAUCAAGGUGACCGCCAUUAACGACUCUAAGAAUAUAGGUUUGGCAGUUUACAAUGUUGGCGUUCUUGCAUCGAUUGGUUCUAUUUGUUCAUUGGCAUUGUAUCAGACAACGUUUUAUACAGAGCUUUAUGUCGUCUUUGCAUUGUGUAUUCUGUUUUGCACAACUCUUACCGUUAUGUUAGUUUUUUUACCAAAGAUAUCACUGAUCAAAAAUGGAUCUUUCAAGACGAUACUUUUGUCCAAAACAUAUUAAAAUUCAACAUGUAUGGCGUAUAUCGAUAAGUAACUGUACAAUUAAUCGAUAUUUUUAUCUGGUAUGACUUGUAAAUUUUUUUUACAUCAGUACCUUGGCUCGCAUAUACAUACAUGUUUGUGUUGUAUAUAUCGUGAUGCUCCUGGUAAUGCUGAUUUGGCUUUCUAAUGCUGUACAGUUGAGUUCAGAACUUACAUCACUUAAAUGUGGUCUAAAUACUAGCAAGUCAAAACUGAUAGUUGUGAGAGAAAUCCUUCAUAUGGCUGGCAAUAGUGAUUUAAAUUCGAUGUGGCUACCCCUUAUCUUGGGUAUAGCUAGCCUGUUGGAAUCCAAUCAUUUUGCAUGUUUAAAGCAGCUCCUGAAAUCUAAAUAUAAAAUAAGAUUUAUUAUAUAGGUAGAGUUUUUCUCGCACUGUGAUUGGCUAAUCUACACGAAAUUUUGUUUUCUACCGGGAAAUAUGUGCAAUUUUUACUUUUCUUUAAUUCUACAGUGCAAAAAGCUGAUGUUUUUCUCUCAUUGGCAGAAAUAACGUGCAAAAAAGUUUGAUAUUUUUUUUUGCUUGGUUAAUAACUCGCUCAGUAAAGUUAUUGUUUCCUUGAAAAACGAGAACUUGUAGGUAAAUUUGUUUCAUAAUUUUCUCCUCCUAAAAACAUUUACGAAACAAACUAACAAUCAGUCAUAAAUAUUCACAGUUUAAUUAUUCUUUUGUUUAAACAUAGUCUUUGAAAAGAAGUGCGCUCUCCACAGUAGAGAUUUUGAGUUUUGUGACUUAAAGUUAGUGUGGUUAUAUCUGUAGCGCGUUGAAGGAGUUUUGUGUUUAAUGCGAAUGUUUAACUCAACUUCAACUAAUUUGUAUUGAAUUAACAUCAAUAUGUUACUCUAAAAUUUAUUUUCAUUUAAUUUCAUUGAGGCAUAACAUAAACAAGCUUUUUUUUUGAAAUGAUUACCAUUUUGUACAUAAUUUAUCUUGAAAAUAUUAUUAUGAAUUAAAAGAAAUAAUCACAUAUAUUAUCUUGCCAAUCACGGUUUAUGAGGUUUAACAAGAACCUCAUAAACCGUGAUUGAAACUGAACAAUCAUCUGCUGACUAUAUCAAAUCUCAGUGAUGUAUGCUCGGUUUAUAUGAUAAACUACUUAUCGCACUUGUUCUCAAAAAAAAUUUUGUCAUAUUUUUUUUGUAUUUUAUUUCUCGCAUAUUUCACUCGCCUAAAGGCUCGUUACAUAUGUAAACAAGAACAAUUAAAAAAAAAUAUUUGAUAUUUUUCUCGGCACUAUGAGAUAACUACUAUAGACCUUUUCAUCGAUAGCGACAUCAUUUUGAAUUUCCCGCUUUCGCAAUGCAUCUCCGGACGACUGGGGUAUCUUAGUGUCAACAGAAGAAUUUAUUGGAUUGCGUUGGAUUGUAUUUGUUUUAAUCAUGGUUUUUACUGAAAAAGAAUUAAUAAAACGGAAUGUAGAGGCACUUAAGAAAUAUUAGUCUUCCCGAGGCAUAUCUUUAUCUGGGGGAGGGAGUAGAAAAGCUGAUUUGAUUAAGAAAGUUCUAGCUGCUCAGUCACUUGAACUUCCAGUGUUACUCUCCUUGGAGGAGAAAAGCAGGGAGAUACAGGAUCGAAGAGCUGCAAAAUUAUGUGUUGAUUGUGUCAAAAUUCCUUUUCUUGAGGAAUUAAAAUUAGGUUUGAAGAAUUCCUUCUUAUACUUUCCAGACAUCACCACAAGCUGUCUCAGGGACUAUGCAAAAAACAGUAUUUCAGAAAAAGGUUGCAAAGAAGGCUACAAUCUGAUGUUUGCAGGUCAUGUUAGGAAUGUUGAAUUUAACAAUAUUUCAAGUUGUUUAAAGUAUUGUUUCAUUCGAGGUAAUGUAGUGCCACAAACAAGAGUUAGUGAAACACCCUAUAAUGUUUGGGUGUGCAUAAACUAUGACAGUCGUGAAAUUGUGACUGGAGAGUGUGGCUGUGUUGCAGCGAGUCGUGCAAGCAUAUUUUCGCACUGUUAAAAUAAAGUAUCACUGGGACUUAACAAAACUUGCACUUCUAAAAAACAAAAGUGGCAAGAAGCUGUUACCAAUAACAAUGUUUACUCGAAUAAAUCAGUGCCUCGAUUGGAAAAUUGUUUUACCACAUAUAUACUUCCAGAGAUGUUUAGUGGGGAAGUAGCCACAAAUAUAUAUGCAAAGGUGUUUUAAAUGAAGAAGUUUAUUAUGUUUCAAUAAGUGACAGUAAUCAGAUACAAAAGGAAUUAGAACAGCUGCUCUCCUCCCAAUCCUGAUUAAAAUUUUGCCUCAAACAAAUUUUCUGUGCCCAUGCCUCAAUAAAACGGGUUUUUUUAAAGGCACACAUUUAAAAAAACAUUAAUUCGUAAAAAAUACAGGUAUAGUAUAUAUAUAUGUCUGAUUUUAUAUGUAAUCUGCAUAAUGUAAACAUACAGCAACAGGCUUAGCCUUUCAAGGGCUGGCACUUAUGCUUAAGUAUGCCUUACAUACUUUAAGGGAAGAAAGUGUUUGCGGAAGAAACUUUUUCUCAGAACCGCAAAAGUUUCUUUCUGCAACACUUUAUUCCCUAAAAGUAUAUAUAUUAAAAGCCCUGUGAUGCUGUUAUACUUAUUAAUUACAUAAAAAACAUUUGAAACACACUGUAUAAUAAUGGUACUGGUACGGUUUGCCGUAAAAGCAAAGGAAUUUCAGCUUUAUGCCGUCUAUGCCAUAACAUUUUUUUAAAAUGUGUGGCUUUAAAAAAAGCCGUUUAUGAUGGUGUUUGUAAAGCCUAACAUUUCUCUGCAAAUUGAAGGGAGUACUUGAAUAUUAUUUUACCAAAGGUGAUUGCAUAUUCAAUAUUGCCCCGACUAUUGUCCAAAUGUGGUCACAUAGAUCAGUCAUUGAUAUUGAUAAAGUAUUACUAAGCAUUCUAAAUUCCUUUAAUCUUCCCAUCACUCUUUCUAUGUGGAUCCUUGCUCUAGCAACACGUUUACCUCUGAUCCAGUAAACUGUCUCUUUUGACGAACAAAUGGGGGUAAAACACAGGUUACCUGAUGUGAUAAGAACAAAUCUUGUAUGUUAAAACCUUUAUCAAAAAAUACCAUAAAAUUAGGAUUGAAUUUUUUGCAACAUUUGUAUCUUCUGUUAUGUAUCGGUCACUACAUGAACCAGCAUAUGCAGGUGAUAUGUAUGAUAUGGAACCAGAUUUUGUGCAAAAUAUUUUUUUUUAAGGUGUUAUGACUUUUAUGUGUGCUAUAGGUCUGAUAUUGUGCAGCAACAUUGUUGGAAUGUUCUAUCCACUGUUCAGUACAAUCUCCAAUUCCUUCACACUUGUUAAUGUUCCAGAAAAGUGAUUAUGCUUAUAUGAUAAUGUCUUAUCAGGACUUGGCCAAUAAAUCAAAGGUUCUAGCUCUAAACUAAGAAAUGAGAUAAAUGUUGUUAUUAUGUUUGAAGCAUGGCUUGCUGAGAUCCCAAUUCUGAAUGCUAAAUCUUCAACAGGUGCAUCUAACCGAAUUCUCAUUAAUGUCAUUAAUAUUUCAUCCUCCAA